AUGGAAGUAGAUACAGAAGAUUUAUUAUUAGUUGUUGAUGAAGUAAAGACAUCAUUUCUAAACAAUUUAGAGAUUCCAAAUGUAACGACUGCACAAUCAAUGCACAAUGACAUUACAGCUUUGUUCAAUGCACAACAAAGUCAGUUGGAUAUAGUAGUCAAAGAUAUGACACAGCGAUUAAUAGGCUUUGAAAAAGAGAUGAAACGAGAAGACUCUGAUGAAGUACAUACUAAAAAAUUGAAUCACUAUCAAGAACAAAAAAGAUCAAUUCAAAUUAAUAUCGAUAAAUUGGAGCAUGAUAUAAUAGAAAUGAAAAAAUCAUUGGCAUUAACAAAACAAGAUAUACAACAACUACGUGAAAAAGAGAUACAAUUAGAGAAACAAAAGAAUCAAUUAAUACCUUAUAAAAGGGAAUUAUUUACACUUUAUUUAUGUAUAAGUUUGAUUAAAUGGAAUAUUUCAAAUAGUACUGGAAAAGAAUCAAAUGAUGAUAGUCAAAAAGAUGAUGAUAUUGAAAUGAAAGAUAAUAGUAACAAUAAUAAUAAUAAUAAUAAUAAUAAUUCAAAUAUAAUAAGUGGAAUCAUUUCAAAACCAGAUAAAGAGAAAAUGGUUCAUUUCCAACUCGAUUAUGAUUCAAAUUCUCAUUUUGAAAAUGUUAAUCAUUUAUGGAGUUUAUUAGAAUAG